AUGCUUGCCUUGGGUACUGGAACGGCCUGGUUCAAGGAAAAAGGAGACACGAGUUUUGACCAGCGUCUUGUGGAACUAAUAAAAAAAGCCAUUGAGAAGGGAUUCUACCAUCUCGACUGCUCUGAAAUGUAUGGGACCGAAGAGGAAGUCGGUCGCGCCAUUCAAGAAUCAGGCGUUCCCCGCGAAAAGCUUUUCAUCACCAAUAAGGUCGCUCAAGGCAUCGACGAUAUCCAUGCAGCAGUUCAGACGAGUCUCGAGAAAUUGCAGACCCACUAUUUCGACCUUUAUUUGAUUCAUACCCCAUUCUUUGCCAAGUCAGAUGCGGACUUGCAGAGUGCAUGGAAGUCAAUGGAAGAAAUCAAAAAGACUGGCAAAGCCAGGUCGAUAGGUGUAAGCAACUACUUGCGCCAUGAGGUCAAGGCUACGAUGUUAAAGGCGACCAUUCCUCCUGCUUUUAACCAGAUUGAGUUCCACCCCUAUCUGCAGCGCGGAGACAAUUACAUGUCGUGGCUGCAGGAAAAUGGCUUGGAAGUGGGCUCGUUCAAUGGCCUGACUCCCGUAUUCAGGGCUCCUGAUGGACCACUGCGUGAGCCCUUGGCUCGCAUUGCCCAAAAGCAUGAUACCACUGAGGCAGCUGUCCUGAUCAACUGGAUUAUACAGAACAAAGUUGUGGCUGCGACCACUACCACAAAGCCUGAGAGGUUGGACGAGUAUGUCCAGGCUUUAAAGAUCACACUGACUCAGGACGAACUACAAGAGAUCACGGAUGUAGGCUCCAUGUACCACUUCCGCACAUCUUGGCCGGAGCGUUUUGAAGCAGUUGAUCGAUCAUGA